UAUAUAUAUAUAUAUAUUAUAUAUAUAUAAUAAAAUUCUAAUAAAUAAGUAGAACUCUGCCACGUGUCAAUCUAUAAGACCUACAAAAUAGAGUUUCCCGCUCAUUUUAUUCAUCUAUAUUUACGUAAAUGCCAUACAAUCCAAAUUCAAUAAUUCCGGAAAAAUCUGCAAACAAAUAUGUUAAUCAAUCUUCAGAUUCGAAAAACACGCAUUAAUUUUGAAAGUUUGUUUAUUUUGAUUGCAAAUUAAAUCCCUAAAAAUCUGCAAUAUUAUUCUUUUUCAAACGUAAUCUUCUUAAUUCUUAUUCUUAUUUAUUCAAACGUAAAUAGCAUUCAUACGGUUAUUUUCUUUUUACCAUUCUGCUCCAGACGAAUUCUGCUCCAUAGUAAUAUUUGCAAACGUAUUCUUCUUCAUUCUUCUUGAUUCUGCAACGCUUCAAAAAUUAUAAUAUCAGGUUAGUGUAUUAAAAUAUCAGCAUUACUAAUAUUUCUAACCUCUUAAUUGUCUGAUUUACCAGUUUCUAUCAUUUUUCAUUUUAUUAGUGAUGUUCUUCUUCUUCCUUUUGCUAAUUCUUCUUAAUCAUGUUCUUCUUCUACCUUUUCAGUUUAAAAGACGAAAUUAGUAAUAAAAAUGAGAACUUUAUUUUCUUUAAAAAAAAACUGUUCUUCAAAGCUUUAACUAUUACAAUAUGUUUUUUUUGUUUUGCUGUUUCAUUUACUUUGAUUUGCUGUUAAUUUAAAAGGUUGCUAAUUUUCCUUACAAUUCUAUAAUGAUUAAAUUUAUUGCAGAAAAUGGAAUUCAUAUGCGAACCCAACUGAUUGGCAAUAUGUCAUUUUUUUUUUAGUUCAUUCGCAUUUGAGUUGUUUGUCUCACCAAAUACGAAAUGAAUAUUAACCAUAAUCACCUUCGCAUCUUUAACCCCAAUCCAUACAACCUCAUAUGCGAAACCCAAUUUUGAUUUGUAUUACCAAAUGCGAACAUUUUUGCUUUUACACGUGAACUGCAUUUGACUCCAAUAUGCGAACAUCUUUAACCCCAAUCCAUACAACCUCAAAGCUUUAACUAUUACAAUAUGUUUUUUUUGUUUUGCUGUUUCAUUUACUUUGAUUUGCUGUUAAUUUAAAAGGUUGCUAAUUUUCCUUACAAUUCUAUAAUGAUUAAAUUUAUUGCAGAAAAUGGAAAUAGGAAAUAAGGUUUACCUAAAUAACAUUGACCAGAUAGAUGAAAAAUCGCAUAUCAAGGUUCGGGUGCUUAAAAUUUGGAACUUUGUCAGAAAUAAUAAAGUUUGUUCCAUUGAAAUGAUCAUCAUGGAUGAGGAGGGUACACAAUACCAAGCUCGUGUCUUCAAUCAGAAUUUCUCCAGAUUUCGUCAUCUUUUAAAGGAAGAUGAAAGUUAUAUAGUUAUAAAACCCAAUAUGGCUGCUGUUACUAAUGGUUUUAGUUAUACAGGUCAUAAACAGACCUUAACUUUGGAUUGGAAAAGCAUCCUAAAAAAAUGUGAUGAUUUCUCGGGUCCGGUCAAUGGAUUUAUGUUUGUUGACUUUAAUUCUAUCAUAGAACAAACAUGCCCAAAAGACACAUUCUUUGAUGUUAUUGGACAUAUCGUGUCAUUUAGGCCUCUUGAAACUUCAAAUCCAGUACCAUCCAAGCAUUAUAUAAAAGUCACUCUUAGCAACCUAGAUUCUGUACAUCUGAAGGUUACUAUUUUUGGAAGUCAAGCAUAUCAAAUUUCAGAAUACCUAAAAAAUAACCCGACUGUUAAUUUUGUUGUUAUCGUGAUGCAGUUUUUGAAGCUAAACAUUUGGAAUGGUCUUGGUGAAGCUAAAAGUCAUUUUGAAGUAACGAAAUUGUUCAUAAAUUCUGACAUUUAUGAAAUAAAUGAGUUUAAAAAUAAGUUGAAAUGUCAUGACAAUUUCGGUAUAACUGAAAAAAGCAUAACUACACUUCAAAGCUACUCUUCUUCAUAUACAGAUGACUUUAAGGGCAAUUUUCCAUUAAAAACAAUCUGUGAGAUCACCGAACCAAUUAAGGAAAUGAAGUUUUUAUUAGUUGCUUCCAUUGUUAAUAUAAGGCAGAAUCUACCAUGGUAUUAUGAAGCAUGCAAAAAAUGUGGAAAAAAAAUUAUCCCUGUUCCCAAAACCAAUCAUUCGUAUACCAACCCUGAGGGAAUUUCAGAAACUAUGGUUGUCGAGUGUACAAAUGCACAAUGCAAAAAAUCUGAAUUUCAGUAUAUAAUUCCAAUUAACGUACAAGAUUGUACUGGAACCAUUGGAUUGACUCUUUUUGAUAGGGAAGCAAGGAGGUUGUUAAAUAUAAGUGCCUACGAGUUGAAAAAGAUACAUGAUGCGGCCGGAGACAGUGAUGCCCUAUUUCCAAUGCAACUUAAUGUGUUGAAAAACCGCAAGUUUGGUUUUGUUGUAGAUAUUACAGAAUACAAUGUCAACAACUAUAAUAACAUCUACACAGUUCUCAGAGUUACAGAAGAUAUGUCCAUUGUUUGUGAAUUGGAAAGUAAAAUAGAACUUAUGAGUAAUCAAUCUGUCUCCUUAAAUCAAGUUGCUUUGGAAUCCGAUGAUGUUGUACAGCCUGUUCAAAAGGAUGUGAUCUCACAAACAGACGAAAGUUUUACACCCUCAACAGUUGAUAAGUCAACCGCAACAAGUCCUUGCAAAAUAUCAGGUGAUUUGAAGCGCAACCUCCAAGAAAUUUAUGAUGUUGAUUCUGGAUAUGAUUUAAGUUCAACUAAGGCUAAAAGAAAGUCAACCGCAGAGGAAACUCCACUCUUGAUUCCAAAAAUUGAAAAGUGA